UCUCUAUCUCUCCGUAAACAGUUGCUCAAAACCUUCUUCUUGAAAUGGCUACUUCUCUCAUCUUCCUCCUUUUCGUUACUCUAUCCUUUUCAGCAUCAACCCUAAUCUCAGCCAAAUCCAACGCAACAAUAAUCGAAUCAACUUGCAAAUCCACAAACUACUACAAAUUCUGCGUCUCAGCUCUCAAAUCCGACCCAAGAAGUCCCACAGCCGACACAAAAGGUCUAGCCGCCAUUAUGGUCGGCGUUGGUAUGACAAACGCCACCUCCACCGCAACUUACCUCGCCGGAAACCUAUCCGCCACCGUAAAUGACACCGUCCUUAAAAAGGUCUUACAAGAUUGCUCCGAGAAGUAUACUCUCGCGGCUGAUUCUCUCCGGUUAACAAUUCAAGAUCUUGAUAACGAAGCUUACGACUACGCUUCCAUGCAUGUGUUGGCGGCGCAGGAUUAUCCUAAUGUUUGCCGGAAUAUAUUUAGGCGAGUUAAAGGGUUGGCUUAUCCGGUGGAGAUUCGCCGGCGUGAAGCGAGUCUGAGACGUAUAUGCGGUGUUGUCUCCGGGAUUCUUGAUCACCUUGGAGGUACGAUACAGAUAAGUUGGCACGAUGGGAAACCGGUGCUAACCCUAGAUUUUCACCCGAUUUCCGGUUUACUCGCCACCGCCGGAGCCGAUUACGACAUCAAGCUAUGGUUGAUAAAUUCUGGUCAAGCGGAGAAGAAGGUUCCUAGUGUAUCUUAUCAGAGUAGCCUUACAUACCAUGGAUGUGCUGUCAAUACCAUUCGUUUUUCUCCAUCUGGGGAACUACUUGCCUCGGGAGCAGACGGAGGUGAGCUUAUUAUAUGGAAGUUGCAUCCUAGUGAAACCAAUCAGUCCUGGAAAGUUCACAAGUCGUUAUCAUUCCAUCGAAAGGAUGUCCUGGAUCUUCAGUGGUCUGCUGAUGAUGCUUAUCUGAUUUCUGGCUCAGUGGACAACUCUUGCAUUAUAUGGGACGUUAACAAAGGUUCUGUCCAUCAGAUACUGGAUGCCCACUGUCAUUAUGUUCAAGGUGUUGCCUGGGAUCCCUUAGCAAAGUAUGUAGCCUCUCUUAGUUCAGACAGAACAUGCCGUAUAUAUGUCAAUAAGCCUCAAACAAAAAGUAAAGGUGUUGAAAAGCUGAACUAUGUUUGCCAGCAUGUUAUCAUGAAAGCAGAUCAGCAACAGGGUGAUGAAACUAAGACAAUAAAAACCCAUCUCUUUCAUGAUGAGACAUUGCCGUCUUUCUUUCGAAGAUUGUCAUGGUCACCUGAUGGAUCUUUUUUACUCAUUCCCGCAGGUUCUUUCAAGGUGUCACCCACAUCCGAAGCUGUAAAUGCUACCUAUGUCUUUUCUAGGAAGGACCUUUCAAGGCCUGCACUGCAGCUUCCAGGUGCCAGCAAACCGGUUGUAGUGGUUCGUUUUUGCCCUGUUGCAUUCAAACUCCGUGGUUCAAAUUCUGAAGAGGGUUUCUUCAAGCUUCCUUACCGUCUUGUGUUUGCCAUAGCAACUUUAAAUUCGGUGUACAUAUAUGACACAGAGUGUGCUGCUCCAAUUGCAGUCUUAGCAGGUCUCCACUAUGCUGCAAUAACCGAUAUAACAUGGUCACCUAAUGCAUCGUAUCUAGCACUAUCCUCACAAGAUGGCUACUGCACACUAGUUGAAUUUGAAGAUAAAGAACUAGGAGAAUCUGUCUCCAUUUCAGUUGGAAAGAAACCUGUUGAUGGUGAGGAGAAAAAGCAUGAUUUAGAGAAAGCUGACGAACUAAUGACCGAAACAACACCAGACGAGAGCAAGAAACAGGCUGAAUUAGAACAAAAUGAAGCGAACAAACAGCCAUUGCCGAGCAAAAUUACCACGGAUGGUGAGGAGAGAGAGCAUGUUAUGCAGAAAACCGAUGAUGAAGUGAUGACAGAAACAAGACAUGAGGAAGAGAAUCAGCCAUUGCAGAGCAAAGUUAACACACCGGUCUCAAAUAAACCAGCAAGGAAGCGCAUCACACCAAUGGCUAUUGACCCCUAAUGGUAAACUAGCUACUGAUGUUUUCCUUUUCUAUCUCUUUUGUACUCUGCUACAAAUAUCUUUCUCAUAGUCUACAACUCUACAUUUAGACAUCAAAUGUAUAAAUCGUAUCGAUGGGUUUUUGCAGCAAAUUAUAGUCAGAUGGCCAUGUUAUGGACUUGUUUCUUUAGGCAUAUGUCUCGUCUCAAAGGCAAUGUACAUAGAUAGACUCACAUAUGUAUGAACACAUGUGAUGGUUUUGCGUACAUUGUGGAUCAUUACUGGGCUCGUAGUAAUACAUGAGUUAGUUAGCU